CGAGCCCCAUCCCAUCAGAGCAGGAGCCUCCUCCAGGCCGGCCAGGCGAUGCUGGCCUCCCUCUCCCUCCUCCUGGGGCUGCCGCUCGCCCUCGCCGCUGAGAGCCCCAGCUGCGCCCCGCUCGUCCCGGUCACCUUCGACAAUGCCACCAUCCCUAGGCUCCUGGGAUGGUGGAUCUACAUCACCGGCGCCUCCAAGUACCCACCUCACCUGGCAGAGCUGAAGGCGGUGAAACACGCGACUUUUUCCUUCUCUCCCGGCAGCCACAAGGACGAGCUCGACGUCACCGAAAUCAUGAGACUGAACGAGUCGUGCGUGGUGAGGAACACCAGCAAGAUCCAGGUCAUGUGGCACAACUCCACCCUGGCGCACGUUGAUGACCAGGUGCUUUCCACGGCCGAGCUGAUCCAAAGCGACAAGGACCUGCUGAUCCUGAAGUACUCGAACGCCAACUUCCCCGGUCUGAGCCUCUCGGCACGGACACCCAACGUGAGCAAGGAGCACCUGGAGGAGUUCAAAGCCCACCUGCACUGCCUGGGCUUCACCGAGGAGGAGAUGUUCCCCACUUCCGAAAAGGAUGCCUGUCCCCUGCCUGGGGAGAAGAUGGGCGAAGGCGACAAGGAGCCACAGCUGGCAUAACCCCCACCACCCAGUCGGCCGCUCCAUCCUCAUCCUCCUCCAGCCCUUCAACGGGGACGUCCCCACGGGCCGGCCCCAGCCGGGCUUGGCUCAGCCUCAGGACUUUCUAACAAUGUUUCAUUUUUUUUUCCUCCUGAAUGAAACGCGCAGUUUUCCUGUUCUCACCCAGACCCAAAAUAAACCCCCUCAUGACAACCA